AUGUUACACUUCGAAAAUGACGAUUUAUUCAAGUCAUUGCUAACCAAAGAUAAUCUAGAAGGAUAUGAAAACCCAGAAGAGUUUAAAAAAUGGAUUCCCAAAAUUGAAAAAUAUCGAAAAGAUUUAGAAGAUGCAAUACCUAAAGAUUUAACUAUGAAUUUACCAAAACCAAGAGACGAGCUAAUUAAAGAUGAAUUCAACGCUAUAGAUUAUUUAUAUGAUGAAAAAAUUUUAUCUCCGAAAGAGUUCGAAUAUACAGAUUCAUCAGCAUCAACAAUAUUAUCAAAUAUUGCAUCUGGAAAAUGGACAUCAACUGAAGUAUUCAAAGCAUUUGCUCAUCGUGCAAUAAUAGCUCAUCAAUUUACUAAUUGUGCAGUUGAAAUAUUUAUAGAUGAAGGAUUACAAAGAGCAAAAGAAUUGGAUGAUUAUUUCAAAACUAAUGGUAAAGUCAUUGGUCCAUUACAUGGAUUACCUAUAUCUUUAAAAGAACAUAUUGGUUUAAAAAAUCGAAUAGGUCAUUUAGGUUUGGUUUCUUUAUUAGAUAAUAUUAUGGAUGAUGAUGCUGUUACUGCUAAAAUUUUAAGUAAAUUAGGAGCUAUAUUUUAUAUUAGAACAAAUGAACCACAAGCUUUAUUGCAUUUAGAUUCUGGGAAUAAUAUUACUGGUUUAACUAAAUGUCCUUAUAAUUUAUUAUUAUCAAGUGGUGGUUCAUCAUCAGGUGAAGGAGCAAUUGUUAGUUUUGGAGGUUCAGUAUUGGGGGUUGGAUCAGAUAUUGGUGGUUCAAUAAGAUCACCAGCUGCUUUUUCUGGUUGUCAUGGAUUUAGACCUACAUCUAGAAGAAUAUCAAGUAGAGGAUGCGUUGGUAAUGAUGAAGAUGGACAAGAAAGUGUUGUGGGAGUUAUUGGACCAUUGUCUAGAUCUAUUGAUGAUAUUAAUUUAUUUAUGAAAUCAUAUAUAAAUGAAGGUAUGCCAUGGAAUUUAGAUCCUUGGAGUUUACCUGUUAGAUGGAGAGAUGUUCCUAUACCAAAAUUAUCAAAUCUUAAAAUUGCAGUAAUGAGAGAUGAUGGAGUAUGUAGGGUUACACCACCAAUUAGAAGAGGUUUGGAAUAUGUUGUUGAUAAAUUGAAAGAAGCUGGUGUUGAAAUCGUGGAAUUUGUUCCCACAAAGGGACAAUUAGCUUAUGAUACAGCAAUGACUUUAUAUAAUGCAGAUGGAAAUAAAGGACUUCGUAAAUUAUUUUCCAAAAGUGGAGAACCAUUAUCAAGAUUAACUAAAUGGUAUUUAAAUGUAGGAGAAGGAGCAAAAGAAUUAACAGUUUCAGAAAAUAGAGAAUUAAAUUCAAUACGAGAUAGAUUAAGAGAAGAAUAUAAUGAUUAUUUAUUUGAAAAUAAAUUAGAUUUUAUAUUAGGACCAGCUUAUAAUAAUGUUGCCCCACAAUCUGAAGAUGUAUUUAAUGAAUCUUAUACUUUGAUAUAUAAUCUUUUAGAUUUCCCAAGUAUGGUUUUUCAAACUGGAUUAUUUCAAGAUCCUAAAAUUGAUGUUUGGGGAGAAGAUGAUAAAAAUUAUAAAUAUAGAAAUGGAUUAGAGGAAUUAGAAAAUAGAAAUUAUAAACCUGAAAAAUUUGUUGGAGCACCAAUUGCUUUACAGAUGAGUGGAAGAAGAUAUUUUGAUGAAGAGGUUAUUGCUGGUUCAAAAGCUAUAGUAGAUUACUUAGGUGUUGAUUUAUUAAAGCAUUGA